AUAACCACAAUGCCUAGGUAGGAGGUGGGUCUGAUAUCAAACGUUCAGAGGCUGAGCAUCUUGGGAGGUGUAGUACCAGGUGGGGCUACAGGGAUCGGAGGAGUUGAAGCGAGGAGACGGGAGGGGUCGGUGGACCACAGGUCCCGGCAGGCGCUGUGAGGCGCCGGGCGGCCGGGUUUUUGGUUCAAUUGGGUUCCGGGCAGCUUCGCCUCUCCGCCCCACCGCCCGCGGGCGGCCAGGGCGCGAUCGCCAUCAACAUGGCGGCAGCGAAUAACCCUCGGAAAUUCAGCGAAAAGAUCGCGCUGCACAACCAGAAACAGGCUGAGGAGACGGCCGCCUUCGAGGAAGUGAUGAUGGAGCUCAACAACUCGCGGUUACAAGCUCAGAAAGUACACCAGCUUCGUCUGUCACAAACACGAGGGCAGUAUUAUGGAGGCUCGCUACCGAACGUCAACGCCAUCUCGAGUAACACUGCUGAGUUCCAGAGUCCCUUCAACUCGGGGCUGGACUCGAGCCGGGGGACGCGGCAUCACGGUCUGGUGGAGCGGGUGCAGGUCGCCAGGCUGAUGUCACCGCACAGACGACAGGUUGACAGCUCCCCGUACAGCUCGGCAUACCUGUCACCUCCCCCGGACACCAGCUGGAGAAGGAAUGCCUUACCCUGGUGCAACUUCCCAGCUGAAAAGGGGCAUCGCUUCGGACUGACGUCGGCCCUCAACAGAACCAAUUCGGACUCUGCGCUCCAUACAAGUGUGAACAAUCCCAGUGUCACAUCUCCCUUCACCAGCACUGGACAGCCGUCGCUGGGCCACAGCAGGAAAAGUGGUCUGGCGGAUGGAGACCUGGAUAACCUCAGUAAAGGCUUCUCCUAUUCGGCCUCACCGCAGGAUAACCUUCAGGAUGAGGAUCAGACACUGCCAAAGGCGCUGUGGGACACCCAGAAGAUACAGAGUGUGGCAUCCCGGCCCAAGUCCUGCGAAGUUCCUGGCAUCAACAAAGGCCGCCUGCUAUUCUCUGAAGCCGGGACGCUCAUGACUCAGGAGGGCCUGGAGGAGUCAAUGACAUGGUCUCCGCCUGCCCAGCUGAAGGAGGACAUGUGGAGGCGAGGCAACAAGAUGAGCCUCUUCCCAUCGCCGGAUGCAGCCGCGGGCAUGCCACACGUUGUCGGGGCACUGAACACGGGUGGCUCUCUGCCGGACCUCACCAACCUUCACAUCCCAUCGCCGCUGCCCACUCCGUUGGACCCGGAGGAGUCCGCUAUCAGCGGCGGCAGCAGCACCGGCAACCUGGCCGGUAGUGUCAGACAGCGGGGGCUCAGCACUUCACUCAGGGUGGCUUCUGGCUUUGACGGCGCAGGUCUCUGCUCUGCGCUGCAGGGCUCCCUCAGUAGCAUGUCGCUACAGUCGUCACUCAGCAACCCCUCCCUCCACUCCUCCCUCAGCGGUUCCUCCCUCCACACCUCCCUCAGCAACCCCUCGCUGGCCCCCGCCCCCAGACAGUCGCCGCUGGGGGCCUCGCCCCUCCACUCAUCCCUCAGCACCUCGCCCCGGAGGCGGGCUCCCCUCAAUCCUCUUGUCCUGUCCGGACCUGACUCCCGGAGGAGCCAUGGCAAGCAGUUCUCGCCCACCAUGUCUCCCACCCUCUCGUCUAUCGCUCAGGGCAUUCCCUUGGACACCAGCAGCCUCCCUGUAGACCAGCAGCUGCCCCCCUACCCUUUCUGCCAGCAGCAGGCUUAUCAGCAGGCGAACUUCCAGCCAUCCCAGUCCUCCCAGCAGACGCAUUUUCAACUUUCCCAGUCCCAGCAGACAGGGUUCCAAUCUUCCCAAUCCCAGCAAACAGGGUUCCAAUCUUCCCAAUCCCCGCAGACAGGGUUCCAACCUUCUCAAACCCAGCAGACAGGGUUCCAAUCUUCCCAGUCCCAGCAGACAGGGUUCCAACCUUCCCAGUCCCAGCAGACAGGGUUCCAAUCUUCCCAGUCCCAGCAGACAGGGUUCCAACCUUCCCAGUCCCAGCAGACAGGGUUCCAAUCUUCCCAGUCCCAGCAGACAGGGUUCCAACCUUCCCAAUCCCAGCAGACAGGGUUCCAACCUUCCCAGUCCCAGCAGACAGGGUUCCAACCUUCCCAAUCCCAGCAGACAGGGUUCCAACCUUCUCAGUCCCAGCAGACAGGGUUCCAACCUUCCCAAUCCCAGCAGACAGGGUUCCAACCUUCUCAGUCCCAGCAGACAGGGUUCCAACCUUCUCAGUCCCAGCAGACAGGGUUCCAACCUUCCCAGUCCCAGCAGACAGGGUUCCAAUCUUCCCAAUCCCAUCAGACAGGGUUCCAACCUUCUCAGUCCCAGCAGACAGGGUUCCAACCUUCCCAGUCCCAGCAGAUGGGGUUUCAACCUUCCCAGUCCCAGCAGACAGGGUUCCAACCUUCCCAGACCCAGCAGAUGGGAUUCCCCACUUCCACAUCCCAGCAGACUGUGUUCCAACCUUCCAUGUCCCAGCAGACAAGCUACCAGAAGUCCCAGUCCUCCCAGCAGACAAAUUACCAGCAGACAGGCUCCCAGCAGGUGGGUUUUCAGCAAUCCCAGCCCUCCCAGCAGACAGGAUACCAGCAGACCCAGCAGAAGACCUUCCAGCAGCCUUACCAGCAGCAGAAGCUGCCGCCAUUCCAGCAGCCUCGGACCACCGACCAGCGCCAUCAACAGCUACCGUCGCUUACCUGUUCACAGCCGACAGCUGCACCCCUGGGUUACCAGACGGACACGACGCCAGCCGGUCAGGAGAGCGUGGUACCAUGUAGGGAGGUGGGGAACUGCACCUUCGCCCAGACCAGCGCCGAAGGGCUGAUGGACAACAGACAGGGACUCCUCAACAAACUUAACCUGUUCCCGUCCCACUGCACCAGUCCCAUCCCUGAUAUCAUCUUCACAGGUGACUCACCCCCCAGCUUCUCAAAGGAGAUUACCAGUGCCCUGGCAGGGGUCCCAGGCUUCGAACUUGCCUCCCAUUACCCGCUGGACGAUGAGCUGAAAGUGGGGCCCCUGUCUCUUGAUGGAUUGAACGUAUUCAGCGAGCCCGACCUGACCCUGCUGCCUGACCCCACCAUCGAGGACACCUUCCGGACUGACCACCUGUAAAGGGGGAGAGUGGGGGGGCUUGUCCGCCUGCCACCCCUGGCCCUGGGACCGUGAGCACCAGCACGGCUGAGCACAGAGCCACAGUCGGCGAGGACGAGGUCCCUCCCCAGCAGUUCCACGUCCACUGGUCGCCCGGUGCCCUUCAAAGAGGACCGAUGACGCCCUUCUCUCCUCACCGGAGGCGUGGACGCUGUAAAUACUGUGUAUUAUUAAUUCCUUGUAUCUCAGUGACUGUCCGGCCACGGUGGGGGGUGGGGGGGGAGGGAGGCGUGUACCCUCGAAGUGAGGGAGAGGCGCAUUGAGGUUUGUGUAUCAUGAGGCAGCGUGCCUUGUGUCUGAUAGGGAAGGUAGCACUUAUUACUGGGAUGGGGGAGAGGUGAGGCACUAGGGGUCACUGUCCGGCAGGAGAACCUGCCGGUGAUGGUGGUGAGUCAGGAGAAGUGGGGAGGGAGGAAAGGGGGGAAGAGGAGGAAGGGGAAAGGUGCAGGAGGAGGAGUGAGCGACGGAAGGGAAGGGAAAGGAAAACAGGAGAAAGAGAGGAGGGAGGAAGAGGGGUAGGGAGUGGAGGAUGGAGGGUGAGAGAGCUGGAGGAGAUAUACUUGUUACAGUGCCAAGGGCAACAAAUAAGCCAGAGGCUCAGGCCUCCAAGCAUGGAGGCAGUGACGGGUCUGUCACUGUAUAACACUGGGGUACGGUACCGGCGGGGAUGGGUCUGUCAUUGUAUAACACCUUGGUACCAUACCAGUGGGGAAUUAUGAUUUGAGGAUUUCUUCUCUGAGCACUGAUCUGGAUCUCUCAAAGAUGUUGUGGUUGGUUCAGCUCAAUCCUUUCUCACCAUCUGACACUGGGAUCAGCAGUACCUGUGAUUCCUCAACACAGUGACAUCCUCUCCCUGGUGUGUGUCUGCUCUGACCCUCUCCAUUUUGUCAACCCAUAUUCAUUCAUUCAUUCUCUCCUGCUCCCGGACCCCUCUCUCCCUGCUCUCUAUCUCCCUCCACCCCUCUCUGUGUCGCUGUCUUUCUCUUCUCCCAUCACCACCUCUCUGUUCCCUCUGCCUCUCCGCUCUCCUCUCUUCAUUGUAGUCUGUGUGGAGAGCAAAGAUACCUAUCUGCUGCUCUCGAGGCAGUGUUGCAGGCGGUGGGUGCAUGUGUAUAUAUUGUAGAUAGUGUAUUAUAUGAAAGUUGUUUAAAGUAUUCUCUGAGCUAUGCAAUACUAGUCUGCUGCAAAAAAUGUUCGAUGGUCCAUGUGCUUGGAUUCCACAGUCUCCACCUUGAAUUCUGCAACCCCUCUCCUAGCAGAGCUUCUCCAAGGACACACAGUCCCUGUGAGGGCCAGGGUGGCAGCAUCACCCUGACACGUACUCUCCACACACACCCAUGUCAGCAAAGCCUCCCCUUGGAACCUUCGCUGACUCACUCUCUCUCCCUCUCCCUCUCCCUCCCCCUCCCUCCCUCUCCCUCUCUCUAACCCCAGGGUCCCUGAGCUGUGAUGGGGAGCAGGAACCCCAGCAGACUCCACCCUCACCAACCCCACAGCCACUGGGCAGGAGCCCUGUCUUACUCCCCCUCACUCACACCCUCUCGCUCCUCCUCCUCCCUUUAUCUCCAUGUCUCUUUGCCCCCUCCCCCAAUCUCCAUCCCCUAUCUCCUGAAUUUUUCCUCUGCCUCUUCCCCCCGGAAUCUCUGGAGCUCCCUUCCUCCAUCCCACAGCGUGUGCAGAGACUGGAGCCUCUGCUGUCCUCCCCCCCGAAUCCACACUUGUGGAUUGGUGAGUGAAGUGGUGGGGAGAGGGAGUAGGGACACAGAUAACCUGCUGCACCUCAUUCCCUCUGUUAUCCCAUAGUUUCCCAAGAAAUGGUCCAUCAGAUCCCUAAGCCUUCCUGCUGUCUUCUGCUCCCCACCCCACAGAAUCCUGCCAGGCUGGAGGGUUCUUGGCACUCCUGCCCAUCUUCUCUCUCUGGCCCUCGGUAUCUAACCCUCCCCCCACACCCUCGUUCUUCUGCUUAGUGUCUGUCUCACAGCUGGGAUUUACUCCUGCUAAUCAGUCCCUUCCAGCCCUCUGCCCCUGCGUAAAGCCCUGGCUAGUGGCUGGGACCACCGCUCUGCGCAUGGGUAGCCCUACUCAGAGCUCCCUGCCACCUGCCUGACACGCUGCCACCCUUCCCUGGCUGUGGCCUUCACCUCUGUGCUAACACAGAUGUUUGUCAUAACGCGAGUCUGUCAUAUGGAGCUGAUGGGCAAUUCUCUCUUUUUUAUUGUAUAACUUUUGUAAAAGAUUAUUUUUUUGUUAACACUUAACUGUUUUGGAAAAAAAAAGGCAAGAUUACAAAGAAAUUUACAUUUUAACCUGCA